AAUCUUUCAAAAUGGCUUAACUCUCUCUGUCCUGUGUCCAGACUAUGACCUGCUGAAAUUCCCAGUGGCCACGCCACUUCCCGUAUCUUCGUGACCGGACUCCAGUGUUUGCAACCAGCCGGAAAACCUGGGGCCGAGGGGAAGAGAGGGCGACAAAGGCCAGAGGUCUGGAACUUGGGUCUGGAAGCCAGAACAGGUCAGUGGUUUCCAUUCCGUAGGCGCUGGGAAAGUUCUACGAAAGAGGGCCCACCCUGUGACGUCAUGGAGCUAUGGGUGGGGCCUUCUUUGUUGCAGUCCAAUCCUACUUAGAGUUGGGCUUCUGGGCGGGGCCAAAGAAAAUCCUAGGAAAUGAGAGAAUUGGGGUACCCCACGUGGGACGUGGCUGGAGUGCUUUGUGACGUGGAGACCACUGGUGCCUGGGAGCCAGUACGAAAGCGCUAGAUUCCUCUCCCUGGUCUUUCAAGAAAAAGCCUUUAAUCUUAGUCGUGGGAAAAUAUUUUUAAAAGUCCUCAGGACCUGGACUGAGUUGGGCGAAGCAUUGGCUCUUGAGGGCGCAAGGUCAGAGAACGGCUGUCGGAAGCGUCACCCUGCCCUCGGUUUGGGGUGAGAGGACCCUCUGGCGGUGCUGGCGUGGCCUCCAUGGGGCCGCGUUUUACCCUCUUCCUGGUGGCUCUAGCCCACUGCCUGUGCCCUGCGAGACUUUGCAUCAUAUGUGACCCAUUUGUGGUGGCGGCGCUAAAGACCUUGGAGCAGAGUUACCUGCCUGGCCACCUGGCGCCCGAGCUUCACGAAAACGUGAUGAAGAGGGUAGAACAGGCGGUGGAGGACUUCAAGGACUUGCCUUUGAAUCACGACACCUAUGUGGGGGCCGUGGAUGAAGACACCCUGGAACAAGCAUCCUGGAGUUUUCUGAAGGAUCUGAAACGAAUCACAGACAGUAAUGUAAAAGGAGAGCUCUUCGUAAAGGAGCUGUUCUGGAUGCUCCGUCUACAGAAGGACAUCUUUGCCAGUCUUGCUACUAGGUUCCAAAAAGAAGUUUAUUGUCCCAACAAAUGUGGCACGAUGUUGCAGACUCUGAUCUGGUGUAACAGGUGUGAGAAGCAGGUCCACGCUUGUCGGAAAUCCAUGGACUGUGGGGAGCGCCUUGUGGAGGUGCAUCGUAUGGAAGACAUGCUCCUAGACUGUCAGCUCAGCUGGCAUCAUGCUUCUGAGGGACUGACGGAUUACAGCUUUUACAGGGUUUGGGGGAACAGUACUGAGAUCUUGUUGGCCAAAGGGAAAGAACCUUACCUGACCAAGACAUCAGUAUCUUCAGAGGAUGCCGGCAACUACCGCUGCGAGCUGGGCACCAUCAGCUCGGGUCCUGCCACCAUCAUCCAUUUUCAUGUCACAGUGUUGCCCCUAAGGAUCUUAGAGGAAAAACCGGCACCAAACGUCAUAACCCAGGAAGAGAUAGAGAUGUCAGAGCCCUCGGAGUUGGAACCUGUCACUACAAUGAUUCAGUAUACGAAGCCACAGAAAAAUCUGAAACACCGCCUCUUAGUGCUGCUGAUCCUUGGUGUCAUAAUCCUGGGGGCCAGCAUCAUUGCCUCAAUACUUCACUUCAGGAAAGCUAGGACUAAAUCAAAGACUUCAAGUUUGGAUAUCAAGUCCUCACGGGUGGAAAUCAAAUCCUCAGGCCUGGACAGGUCCACACAGCUGGAGCAGCUUUCACAGGCUAUAGAAGAAAGGACAUCCUCAGAGGUUGAGAGUGGGGCCGAAGAGGAAUCAGAAGAAAAGCCACAAAACCAAUAAAGAUUUGUCCUGUUGUCUGA